UCCCUGAGGGCAGUUGGAAUCUUCAGUUCUCGUGAGGGUCGUCCUGGCCUGAGGCUGCGAGGUGCGAAGCUCGGCGGACUGGGGCCGCGGGGCUCCGGGGCGGCGCCGUCUCCGACGCCAUGGCUCGAAAUGCAGAAAAGGCCAUGACGGCCUUAGCAAGAUUUCGCCAGGCUCAGCUGGAAGAGGGCAAAGUGAAGGAACGAAGACCCUUUCUUGCCUCGGAAUGUACCGAGCUGCCCAAAGCUGAGAAGUGGAGACGACAGAUCAUUGGAGAGAUAUCGAAAAAAGUGGCUCAGAUUCAGAACGCUCUUCCGCCUCCAAGAAAGACCCGGGCCGAGCUCAUGAAGGCGAUCGACUUUGAGUACUACGGUUACCUCGACGAAGACGAUGGGGUCAUCGUGCCUUUGGAACAGGAAUACGAAAAGAAACAGGCAGUCAAGUCCGAUGAGGAAGGCAGCCAGGAGAAAGGAGGGGACGACGGGCAGCAGAAGUUCAUUGCUCACGUCCCUGUGCCGUCGCAGCAAGAGAUCGAGGAGGCCCUCGUAAGGAGGAAGAAGAUGGAACUCCUCCAGAAAUACGCCAGCGAGACGCUGCAGGCCCAGAGCGAAGAAGCCAAAAGGCUCCUGGGGUAUUAAGUGGGGCUCUCCCCGGAGUCUGGAACAUUCGGUGGGGAGUCCGUCCGCCCAUCCUCCCGUGGGCCCCCACAGAGCCCCUGGUCCCGGCCGCCGCGAGGCUUCCCGCUCGUUUCUCAUCCUUUGUUCCUCUCCUGCCUGCGUCACCUCGUGUGCGGAGGGGACCGUUCUGUCCCCGGCCUCCCCGGCAGGCUGUCUAGGUGGCGAACGCUUGGGCCAUCAGCUUUGUACAGAUCUUUCGCUACCGCAGGAAUCCGUUUAUUUUUAUCUCGGAGCGUGCAAAACGGCCAGCUGCCAACUGGCUGCGCGUGUUUUGUUUCGCCUCGUGCUGUUAUUUUGGGAGAAGCAGACUCAGUUAGUGGCUGACAUUAAAAGAAAAAUGUCACUUCCUAAAAAGACAUAUCUUCUCUUGAGAAAGGAGAUGACGUGUAGGCCCCAAGCUGCACCCCACGGGUCCACGGCCCCACGGUGUCCCUCCGUGUGGCCCUGCUCUUGGC